CAAACUAUCAAUCACUCCAACUCUCUCUCCAACUCUCGCAGACGAAUCCCAAGACCUCCCUUGAACAACUAGACCAACAAUCGCAAACAUGUCGAACGGCACAUCGAGCACCUCCGAUGUCCUCCUCUACUUCCUUGCUAUCUUCGUUCCUUUCCUCUCAGUUUUCAUGAAGCGUGGCUGUGCAGCCGACCUCUGGAUCAACAUCGCUCUCUGCAUUCUCGGCUGGAUCCCUGGCGUCAUCCACGCGUGGUACAUCAUCAGCAAGUAUUCCACGCCAAAGGAGAUCCGUCGCACAUAUUAGACUACUUUACGGUGUGAACAAAGCAGGGGAGAAGAUAGGCACUAUGUAUGGGUCGAGCAGGCCAUCCUUACGACGGGACCCUUUCUUCUAUUUUCUUUUACACGCGAUGGUACUAUUUAUAUAUCCACUAUGCUUUCUUUUCUCUUCGGUGUUCCUUUCGCGUCAUGAUGGCACACGGGAGCGGUAUUGGUGUUUGGAUAUUCAUCAUAUUUAUUACAGUGAGGGAUAGUCAAGACGAGAAUCAAAAUCGAAAUCAGCUUCCUAGA